CCGUCUCUGAAAACAACAUCAGCAGUUCCGUGUUUGUUCCGUUAUUUUCCGGUGGGGGGGCAGUAACUCUGGGUUAUUUUCCGGUGGGGGGGGGCAGUAACUCUGGGUUAUUUUCCGGUGGAGGGGGGGCAGUAACUCUGUGUUUUUGCGGUGGGGGGGAGUAAUGGAGGGGCAGUAACUCGGUGUUUUGCGGAGGAGGUGCAGUAACUCUCGGCGUUCUCCGCCAGGGGGCGAUGUGGAUCCAGCCGGAGGAGGUGCUCCUGGUGGGGGCGCUCUGGGUCUGGGAGCGGGCCAACCCGUUCUUCAUUCUGCAGAGGAGGAGGGGGCACGGCCGUGGGGGGGGGCUGUCCGGUCUCCUGGUUGGGACUCUGGAUGUGGUUCUGGACUCAAGUGCUCGAGUGGCUCCUUACAGAAUCCUGUUACAGACGUCGGAUUCUCAGAUCUACUGGAACAUCGCCUGUGGCUCGUCCAGGAAGGAGAUCACAGAGCACUGGGAUUGGCUGGAGUCCAACCUGCUGCAGACCAUAUCCAUCUUUGACAAUGAUGAAGACGUCACCACCUUUGUCAAAGGGAAAAUCUCUGGCCUCAUUGCGGAGGAAAACCGUCUGAAGCCGGGAGCGGAGCAGGAGGAGGAUUGUGGGAAGUUUCGGGAGGCAGAGCUGAAGAUGAGGAGGUUGUUCGGGAUGCCUGAUGAAGAGAAGCUUGUGAAUUAUUACUCCUGCAGCUACUGGAAAGGAAGAGUCCCGCGGCAGGGCUGGCUGUACCUGUCCGUCAACCACCUGUGCUUCUACUCCUUCCUGUUGGGCAAGGAGGUGUCCCUGGUGGUGCCGUGGACAGAGGUGACCCAGCUAGAGAAGAACGCCACCUUGUUGUUCCCGGAGAGCGUUCGUGUCAGCACUCGUCACACUGAACAUUUCUUCUCCAUGUUCCUCAACAUCAACGACACCUUCAAGCUGAUGGAGCAGCUGGCCAACAUGGCCAUGCGUCAGCUGCUGGACAACGAGGCGUUUGCUGCCGACUGUUCGCUGCCCCGACCCGGCAAGACUCUGAAGAACGUGUCUGCCCUGAAGAGGGAUCUGGAUGCGCGGGCGAAGAACGAACGUUACCGGGCGAUGUUUCGUCUCGUGCAGGACGAGCGUCUGGACGGACACACGGACUGUACGCUGUGGACACCGUUCGCCAAGAUGCACGUGGUCGGACAAUUGUUUAUUUCCAACAACUACAUCUGUUUCAACAGCAGAGAAGAAGAUCUGUGUCAGCUGAUCAUUCCACUCAGAGAGGUGUCCAUUGUGGAGAAGGCGGACAGCAGCAGUGUCUUACCAUGCCCUGUCUCAAUCAGCACCAAGAACAAAAUGAAUUUCCUGUUUGCUAACCUCAAAGACAGAGACUUCCUGGUUCAACGCAUCUCCGACUUCCUCCAGCGAACACCUGACAGUGCUUGGGGCAACAGCAGCCCGCUGUCUCUGAUUGGUCCCUCGGUGUCUUCCAAUGUCCCUUCCUCCUCAUCUGGAGGAUCUCAGUCUGACCACAGGGGGCGCCAGUACCACCCCGGUCUGCCCACAGCCAGUCAGAGUCUGCUGCAGCUCUACUACCAAGACACUCCAGAGGACCUGGGUCCCAAAGCCAUGAAGGAGAAGAUGAAGGAGGAGUCGUGGAACAUCCAUUUCUCAGAGUUUGGUCGAGGAGUUUGUAUGUACAGAACAUCAAGAACCAGAGAACUGGUUCUCAACGGGAUCCCAGAAUGUCUGAGAGGAGAGCUGUGGUUACUGUUCUCUGGGGCACAGAAUGAGAUGGUGACCCACCCGGGCUACUAUGGAGACCUGGUGGAGCAGGCCAUGGGGCGUUGUUCACUGGCGACAGAGGAAAUCGAGCGAGACCUCCAUCGCUCGAUGCCUGAACACCGAGCGUUCCAGAACGAGACGGGCAUCACCGCGCUGCGCCGCGUCCUCACCGCCUACGCCCAUCGCAACCCCUGCAUCGGAUACUGUCAGGCCAUGAACAUCGUCACCUCUGUCCUGCUCCUCUACUGUACGGAGGAAGAAGCCUUCUGGCUGUUGGUGGCGCUGUGUGAGCGAAUGCUGCCCGACUAUUACAACACCCGGGUUGUAGGAGCUCUGGUGGAUCAGGGUGUGUUUGAGGAGCUCACCCGGGCGUUCCUCCCCCUGCUGUACGAACACAUGCAGGAGCUGGGCGUCAUCUCCACCAUCAGCCUGUCGUGGUUCCUCACCCUCUUCUUGUCAGUGAUGCCCUUUGACAGCGCUGUCCUAUUGGUCGACUGCUUCUUCUACGAGGGCAUCAAGGUCAUCUUCCAGGUGGCGCUGACUGUACUCCAUGACAACAUGGACGCCCUGCUGUUCUGCAGUGACGAGGGAGAAGCUAUGACCAUCCUGGGCAGGUACCUGGAUAAUGUUGUAAAUAAACAGACAGUGGCCCCGCCCAUCCCUCACCUGCAUGCCCUGCUGACGAGCGGAGAUGUCCCCCCACCUGAAAUCGACGUCUUUGACCUCAUCAAGUCGUCUUAUGAGAAGUUUGGUAGCCUGCGCUCUGAUGUCAUCGAGCAGAUGAGGUUUAAACAAAGGUUAAAGGUCAUCCAAUCCCUGGAGGACACGGCCAAGAGGAGUGUGGUGAGGGCGAUGAUGACGGAGUCGGCUUUCAGUAUCGACGAGCUCGAGGACCUCUUCUGUCUCUUUAAGUCCAAACACAUGACGAGUUGUUACUGGGGCUCCAGCAGUUCUGCAGCGGAACGUCAUGACCCCAGUCUUCCAUACCUGGAGCAGUAUCAUAUCGACCUGGCUCAGUUCUCUCAGCUGUUCUCCUCGCUAACCCCCUGGGUCUGUGGAAGCCACACCCCCUCUCUGUCAGCCCGCCUCUUCAGACUCCUGGACCAGAACCAGGACGGACUGGUCAACUUCAAAGAGUUCGUCACCGGACUCAGUGGGAUGUCUCAUGGAGACAUGAUGGAAAAACUUAAACUGUUGUACAAGCUCCACCUCCCCCCAGCUCUGUGUCCUGAGGAGGCAGAGUCUGCUCUGGAGGCAACACACUUCUUUACAAAGGAUAAACCACGAGAAUCUCUCUUCCUGUCUGAUCCGGACUCUUUGCAUCAGCAGGAAGUGACCAUAGGUGAGGAGGGGAAGGAUGCAGCUGGAGACAGCGAGGAGAGGAAAGAGGAAAAGGUGAAGGACUACAGGUACUACCUGAGGAUGUGGGCCAAAGAGAAGGAACCCAAGUCAGAGACCAUCAAAGACCUGCCUCGCAUGAACCAGGAGCAGUUCAUUGAGUUGUGUAAGACUCUGUACAACAUGUUCAGUGAGGAGCCUCUGGAGCAGCAGCUUUAUCACUCUAUCGCCACCGUGGCCAGUCUGCUGCUGCGCAUCGGCGAGGUCGGCAAGAAGUUCAACAAUGGAACCAAAAAGAUUGAGACCGCUGGUGCACAGGCCCCGCCCCCUUCUCAAAGGGAGGAGGGGCCAGGUGAAUCCCGGUUGUGCGAGGCGCUAGCUGACGCCCACCUGGAGCCGCAACCUCUGCACACGUCCGACGAGGAAGCCAAAGAUGACAUGUCACUGUCGUCAUACUCAGUGGGCAGUUCCGGCUCGCUGCAGUGCAAGGACAUGGCAGACGACUCAGCGCUGAUUGGUGGAGAGCAGCGACAGGGCAAUGCCUUGGAUGUUGAUUGGUCAAUCACCUUUGAGCAGGUACUUGCGUCACUGCUGACGGAGCCACCGCUUGUUGAUUACUUUGAGAGGAAGGUGGACGUCCAGAGCAAGAUCGUCAGCUGUAAGACUCAGCGGGCAGUGGAGCGCCAGAUUAGCUCCACCUCCGACCAGGAAGUCCCCCAGCAGUCUGUCUGACUCGCCUUAUCUGUCAUAUUGAUUAGUUAAUCCUGUAUAAAGGCACUAACAGUUUUUAAUGUCCAAACAUCUGAUCAAUCAAUACAAAAUCUUACACAGGCGGUUGAUGUCAGAAACAGGAAACAGAAAGUUUAGGAAUAUAAAGUGAGAAAUAAUUAAGGUCACUUUAUUUAGGGGAAAUAAAAUUGGUGUUCAAUGUUUUUAUUGACACUUUUAUUUUGAUGUGUGUGAUGAUUCUGUUUACUUCCUGUUGAGUUGACUGAUGAUUUCUGAUGAUUUUAAAUCCAUCGUGUUGAUCUCUAUUGUUCUAACAAACACUACUUAUUUUUUGUUGUCCCGUGGAUUUAAAACAAAAAAUAUGAAGUAUUAUUUUCUGAUGAUCUUUAUUGUUUAAUAUUUUAUGUUUGUGUUUAUUAUUUUUACAUUUUCACACAAUAUAAAAAUCUUCACAUUAAUGUUUAUUGUAUGAAAACAAAGUAAAAUCACUCUGUUUAUUUGUCUCUAGUUUUGAUAAAGGUGUUCAUUAAUAUGUAAAAUUAUUAAUCAUUAAAAACUAAUUAACUAUGAACAUAAGUGACUGGAUUUAAUUACUGAUUACAAGUAAAGUUCCUAAUAAAUAAAACAAUGAUUCAACCCUAACCCUGAUUCAUUUAAACGAAGCAGCUGAUAAACAAACAGAUGCGAUUUUUAGAAUGAAUCUCUCUAGCGCCUCCUUCAGGACAGUAUUGUACGUCAUAUUACGACAUGACGACGCCAAAAUAGUUAAUUUGUAAUUUUUUUAUGUUUAUUUUCUUAAUGACCGAAAAAGAUCCACGUCAGAGUGUUCCAGAGAGAAAAGUCAUUUUAUUAAUAAUUCAGGAAUUAUUAUGCAUUUAUUUGCUGAAAUCUAUGUGUGACGCCAGAACAUAAAUGUUUGGUUCCUUUAAAGAAAAAUCCUUUUCAUUUCAUUCGUACAUUUUUAAUUUGUAUCAGAAAAGAGACAUAAACAUUUCAGUGUUUUCUGUUCUGAUUCUCAUUCCGAAUGAAAAAAAACAUUUCUUUGUUUACAGCGAUACAGUUUGUUCCCUUGAGGAUCUGGACGUCAAGACUGUUCACAGAUAAUAUAUAUAAACAAUAUUUAAUAAUGACCUCUGUCCGUCAGUGGAAUAACAAACUCUUCCUUCAAUGUGUUGCCUUGAUGUCACUGAACUGAUUGUAGAUUAUUAAAAUGUUUUCAUCCUGA